UACGGAGAGAUGUUCAAGACAUUGAACAAACACGUGGCCGAGGAAAACGAGACAUUUCAAAAUCAACAACUCCUUGGAACCAUAAUUAGGCCUACACAUUAGAGACAUUGGCCUGGUCUACAUUAGGUCACCAAAAUGCAUGCAUAGAACAAUCCUUCGUUUGGGGUUUUAUUUUCUCCUCUUAUAUUUUCUAGGGCCAUCGUUUUAGAGGCCCAGACACAAAACAUUUCGAUGAUGACCUUUGCCAUGCUGCGGCCAAUGGCGACUCAUAUGAUCAGCUACCCGGACCUGGGUAUGAUGUCCGAAGACGAGGAGAACCGUAGUGAGAGCGACGGUAGCUCGGAUCAGAGCUAUGGAUGCUGCGUCUCUGCUGACAAACGCCGGAGGAUUUCCAGAAAAUCGGGAGGCAGCGGUGUUGUAAUAGUGAAACAGCGGAACGCAGCCAAUGCCAGGGAGCGCGACCGUACACAAAGCGUCAACACGGCAUUUACUGCACUCCGGACUCUUAUACCCACUGAGCCGGUGGACAGAAAGCUCUCCAAGAUUGAGACGCUUCGCUUGGCAUCCAGCUAUAUCUCCCACCUCGCCAACACCCUGCUGCUCGGAGACGGGAAUGGAGAUGGACAACCUUGUCUUGGCGCGGUUUACGCGCAAGGAGAGAGCGGUCAAAAGCAACCUCGGACCAUCUGUACCUUCUGUUUGAGCAACCAAAGAAAGGGGAUAAAGGAUGGCAAAGAGAUGCGAGGUGUUGGUUCACUGAGGGUGAGCCGCAGAUAGAAGACCAGACAAUAAACCACAGCAACCAGAACCACAACUCCCCAUCCACAACUCAGGGAACACUAAAAGCAGGUCAUAACAGAACCAUACUCAUCAUGCUGGAGAAUAUGUAACGAGAGACUAUUUAUACUUGAGGGAAAGGCCAUGGAACAAAACAAGGCCUAAUAUGUGAAGCCUUUCAAAAAAUGCAGUGCAUUUAUUGAUAGAGAAUUUAUAGAUUUUUAUAUUUGUGUGAUAUUUGUGUUGUACAUGUAUUACAUUUUGAAAUAAAAUAUAUUUUUUAUCUAAAUGAAAUUUCCCCUACUAAGGGAUAGUUUUCUUUCCUUUGAACUUCAUGUCUGUCGAUUUCUUCUCUAUU